AUGGAAAUCAUCAAGCACCUGUCUACGAUGCUUCUUUUCACUCUCCUCCGGUCAAUGCUUUGCAAUGCCAAUGUUUAUGUUACCCAGCCAACCACCCAAACUCAGUGGGUAGCCGGCACAUCAGUCAAAAUCGCUUGGGAGGACGAUGGCCAUAAUCCUCUUCUCAAGGCUAAGGGGCAUUCAGUUACAAUCUCCUUAUUUCCUUCCAACAAAGGACUAUACCCGAAACCUUUGGCCGUGUGGAAGAACGUCGAUACGCGCUCACAACUUCUUGAAGUACACAUAAAACCAAGCUUAGGUUCAGAACUCCCAAAUACCUUCUUUCUGCAGUUCAGACGACCGCGAUCACACAUCACGGAUGAUGUAUACAGCGCCAGGUUUUCAAUAUUACCUGCAGAACACAACUCACAGGAAGAAGCCUCAAACUCUGCUCACCCUUCUGUACCCAAAGAUGGGGAGAGGAUACAGUCCAGCAAUGACUCAACAGCUACAUCAAUAAACCCGAAUUUCGGUCCACAUACUGAUGCUCCAAUUUCAUCGGACAGACCAAUCCAUCUUCAAAAUGAAGCCAGCGGUCACAAAUCUUUUCUUGUUUCAAUCACAACUUCAAGUUUGAUCACAAUCCUAUCAAUGCUUAUUGUUAUUCUUUAA